AUGUCCGAGUCCAAGAAGAGCGUCGAGGACACCCUAUCCAGCGCCAUUGCGCAGCUUGAGGAGGAGGCCGCCCUGAAGAAGACGAUCAAGGAGGCCACCGAGCCCGUCGAGGACAUCGUCCGCCAGGCAACUGCCGAGCUGAACCGCCUCCACUCGGCCAACAUCUCCCAGCAUGAGGCGAUCGCGAACAAGGCGCUCGAGAUCGUCGCGGGCGCCCACACGCACUGGGCUUCGAUUGCGACUCUGAUCCCCAAGGGCGAGUUCUUCCGGUAUCAGUGGGCUCUGUCGCCCAUGUUCAAGAGCCUCGGCGAGGACGUCGGCGAGCUCCAGCUCGUCUCGGACGACUAUCUCCAAGGUGUGAUCGGUAUGGUGAACGAGCUGCUGGAGGUCUUAGGCGCUUUCAAAUUGCGACCGUUAGCUCCACAGCGGAUCAUAAUGUCCCUGUUCAACACGCGCGACAGACUGAGGGAGAAAAAGAUCAAGUUCAAAGACAAAGCCGACAAGCUCAAGGUCCUGGCGAAGAAUGCCAUAGAACGAGCACAUGAUGAGACGCUCGCCGCCCAGGUCUACAAGCUGGCGGAAAACCCCGAACGUCACGCGCCAUGGUUUGUCUGCCACAAGCUGCCAGACAGUGCCGCCGAGCUUUUCCUCUUCUGGCUCUACUGCCACGACCAAUUGACCUUCCACUGGUUCGGGGACGAUCUCACUGCCUGGCCUGCUCUUGUCAAGGACUACGAGGAAGUCGGAUCAUGGGAGCGCUCGAAGAGGGAUGCCUGGUGGGCCCAGUAUCUGAUGGAUCGAUUGAGGCUGUUGACCGAUACAUCUCAUCCAAAGAUUCCCGCCUCGGUAAUCUCCGCCUGGGGGCUAGACGCCAUCCACGACGCCGAAGCAGCCGUGAAGGAAGAACUCGGCCCCACUUUACGAAGCCGUUCACCGGGCUCUGUGGCCUGCAUCUUACGCUCUGGGUCAGAGUGGGAGUUCGAUAUAACGAAGGGAUGGAUUCCCAAGCACGUAAAGUUUGAUUGGUUCCUCAGCCGAGUGCAGGAAGCUAUCAUCCGGUCUUACACCACCCACCAGUACGCCGAGUUUCCCGAGCACGAGUGGUUGGCUCCACAAUCAAAGGACAAGAAGCACCUGCGAGUUGCACCCCCCAGGAAGUUUGGCCCUGCGGGAGCCCAGGGCCAGACACUCAUCCUCAAGUACGCCGGAGAAUACGUGGGAGGCUCGAAUGCGGAAGAUCUACGAAAUCGGUGGGCGAAGUUCAUCUUCCGCUACGAGGAGCCCAAAGGCAGCGUCAAACCCAGAUUCCUUCCCCUGAGUUUCACUGCCGCGGCCAUGGUCCUCGAUCACAACUUCGACGACUCUGUGGCGCUGGAACUCAAUGCGUCAUUCCGCUGCUGCGAAGUCUAUCUGGGUGUCGAUUCUGUACCGCUGAGCAACACCCACCAAACCAACUGCGAAUACUGCCCCACGAACUUCCCGCCAUUUAAAAGCGAGACUGCUGUCAAGGUCAACGGGGCGACUGUCUUGUUCCUGGCCUGCAUUGUCCUGCAUAACCCUCAAUACCUCGACCAUGAGACUGCUGAGCCGCGCGAUGUCUCAGUUGAUUCUUUGACCAUCGGGAGAUCAGAAGUGUUUAUCCGGUGGCAAAGCAAGAGCACUGUGUUUCCCGUCCACGUCCUUUUGAACGAGGGACUGAAGCUCGCCACUCCCACAGUGGAAAACUCGCGGCCGACCCACAUUAUUCUGACAAGGAUAGCGAUUGUAAUGGGAUGCGUUCUCGGCGCCGCGGUAUCUCUGCUCGACCAGAUCAUUCGCAAACAAACACAGCAGGCGCAAAAGCUGAAGAGCCUGAGUGCGGUUUCCCUCGAAUGGGCCGAGAUUCUUCUGAGCGCUGCGCCUAUCUCUGGCGGGGGCAACCUGCAGCUCUCGUUUGGAGCUAUGAGGCAGUGCGUUGAAGAUUGGCUCGACGCCAAGCUCGACGAUGCCACUCAAGGACUACGAACCGCGAUCGUCCACAUGAACGAGCUGCUCCUCCGACGGAUCCACUACUCCAUCGAGCUGCUGUACCCCAAAGCUCCAAUCUUUCGGCGACGUGUUGUGGAAGCGUAUUUGGCGUGCUUGCACCGCACCUUCCUGCUGACGCUCUCUGAUGAUCAAUCAUGCGAUUUUGAGGUCAGAGAGUUUGCAGUCUCCAUGCAGCACAGCGACCACUCGACGGCCGAGUGGACUGUCAACCGGCUGGUCUACUGGGGAUUGGAGUCUCAGAGCGACCUGAACAAAGCGAUUGGAGUCACGUUCUUCGCGGAGGACCACAACUAUGCUGCCGCAGUCAUGGCUUUCCUCGCUGCUGGCUUGAAUCUGCCGACUGAGGACUCAAUGAACACCGUGCAACUUUCAGAAAGGGUGUCGCUCACUGCAGAUGAUGAUGAAGAGUCGUCUCCGCCUGCGAUAGAGGCCUCGGAAGGAAACACGCCGUCUGUCGAGAUCGAGACCGUCCGAAGCCUCUGGUUCUCCAGCUUCUGUGCUGGCACCGGCCUCACGUUGGCAGUCAUCAUCCUGUUGGUGACGACGAGGAUUGGAGGCAGCCAGUCCGACCACCGCAUGCCAACGCUAGAUCCGUCAUGA